AUUUAAGAACCGUCUCCGAUAACUUCAACCACUUUUCAUAUCUGUAUCAGAAAGCAGCAAAACCAUCUUGUCUCUGAAAUUCAUGGAUUCGCGUACCCACAAUGAAGGCAGUGGUGGUGCCAAGCCCGGCGCUACGGCGGGCCACCACCCGGCUCCGUCCAAAUCCGAGCUGCUGUCCAGCGCGAAGGUGCUAGGGGAAGCGGCCAAAGGGAUGUUCGGCAACAACCCGAGCAAGACGGACAAGGCGGAGCUAUCCGCCGCCGCCGCGGAUCUUCUCAACGCGGCCUCGCAAUACGGGAACCUGGAUGGGAAGGCGAUGGGCAAGUACGUCGAGAAAGCAGAGGAUUAUCUCCACAAGUACAGCACCUCCCAUUCCAACACCGCGGCAGCACCGGCAGUGGCGGAACUAGGGGUGGGCGAGCCGGUGCCGGCGCCACCCCUUGGUCGGAGCACUUAAGGUUUAUAUAUGGUAUAUUUAUUCCGCCGCCCCUGGAGCUUUCAUGGGUUUUCAGUGCCGGCGGGACUGGUUUGCUUGAGCUGAAGGAAGACAACGACCUAAUUUCGUUUAUCUUUUAAAAUUCAUUUUGUCAAACGGUGACGUUUCCUUGAAUGAACAGAAAAAGAGAACAGUAAAAUGAAACGACAUACUCCGUAUAAUAAACGACAUCCAUAUAAUAAAAAGGACGUGGAGUACAUACGGAGUAAUUGAUAACUGAAUGAAUUGAAAACGUCAAUAAUAUACGUUGGCUCGUCGCCUCUUUGAAUCCGUGCUGAGUGCUCCUUGGGGCUUAGCCGCUUAGGUUAAUACGGAGUAAUUGGGUUGAUGGUGUACUGUAUGUAUAUGCAAAUUGAAAUUAAUUUAUUUAAUCAGCCUACGGAGUAGCAUACCUUUGCAUGCUUUUAUGCUUUAUGAUUUAUGAAUUAGUAUUAAUGCAAUUCUGCUGUAAAUCAUAUAUUGUUGUUUAAUAUAUUUAUCUAUUAGUCGUAAUUAUUAGUGAUUAAACAUAAAGGUAUGCUACUCCGUAGGCUAAUUAGAUAAAUUAAUUUCAAUUUGCAUAUACAUACAAUAUACUCCUAUAAAGCUACCAUUCACACUGAAGCAAUUUUCCAAUGAUUUUAACUAGAGCAAAUUUGUUGUGGAUAUUAUGUGUUAAGUUUUCUAAUUUUCCGUAUUAAGGAUGUUUUCAUUUGGACUGUAAUUUGUUAUCUGGUUUAGUCUAGUCUGAGCUGGUCUGGUCUAAACUGGUUUGAUUUGGUGAGGUAAUGUCUUGUCUCUUUGUGUUUUUAUAACUAUUCAAAUCUUAUCUGUUCUGGUCUGGUCUGAUCUGGAAUUGAAAAUAAUCUAAGUAAAAACAUCCUAAUUAUAUUUGCUUUCAGAUGAAAACAUUGAACUUUAUAAUACUUUCAAUUUAGACAAUCAGACCUAUUUUUUGUAUAUAUUUUCAGCACCCUCUUGAAAAAAGUUCUGGUUCCGCCACUGAGCACCGGGCCACCACUCUCCCGCGGCCGGACAAGGGCACUCGUCGGGGAGUUCCGGCGGUGGGUACGGGGAGCAUAUAAAGAUGGCGGAAGGGAUGUUCAAUAAGAACUCAAGUCAUGAAUCUUCUCCCAGCCCAACCACCACCACCGGCCACUCUGAAAAUAAAUACGGCGAAUAUGCCAAGAUGGCCGGAGAUUUCUUGAAGAAACAUUGAUUCUGUAUUUUAUUACUCUCUUGUAUUACAUCUACGAAGUUGAAGCUCUGUUUAGGUUGUAAUUGAUGUUUUCAUUGUAAUAUGGUUUAUUUCCUAAUUUAUCUGUUGUGAUGUCUAUCUAUAUCCAAUAUGAUCCUGGUUUUUCAUUCAAAUCUCAUGUAAAUGACUGUUCUUCCUUGGGCAGUUGGGCUAACUUAGACACUGAACAGACUUUCAUA